UCAUUGACACAUCUAUUGAUGUCACAAACGGCGGCGGCAACACGGUCACUAACAAUGGUGGCGGCAACACUGUUAACAAUAACAACGGUGGUGACCAGGACACCCCGACUAUGGUAGUAAAGGAGUGUCGCAUCACACAUCCCGACGACACACUGAACCAGUACCUCGACAUUGUCAACAACAAGGCUGUCAUGGUCACCAAGAAACCGGACCGCUGGAUGAUUGAGUAUGUUUCCGAGACCGAGUUUACUAUGCGUCGCGGGGCAAAGUAUCUGGUGGCUGAGGACACCACGGUCCCGGGUACGAAUGGUGACAAUAUCCGACUCACCGUCAACACGAGCAAGACCGCCCCGAACAACAAGUGGAUCAUGAACAGUGCCGAUGUGGUUAUGUUGAUGGUUGCCGGCAAAUUUAUCGAGUACGAGGACCAGAAGUGGCAUUUUGUAGACUGCAUCUAG